AUGUCAGGUCUUGAAGCCCUCGGCGUGGCAGGCAACAUUUUCCAAGUCAUCAGCCUCGGUCGAGACACAGCCAGCCUAAUUAAACAAGUCUACCGAGAUGCUACCGUCGACGAUGCCCUCGAGGUGAACGCAAAGGAACUCGCUCAACUUGCAGCGCAUAUUCAGGCUCUGGAAGUUCCACAGCUCCCGACCAAGCAAGAAGACCAAUUGCUGGAAAUCGCGAAAAAUAUUUCAGCAUCUGGACGGAAGGACUCUGGGACAGAUUGGACUGCCAAGGAACUCUAA